AUGCCGCCCGCCGCGCCCGCCCGCCUGGCGCUCGCCUUGGGCCUGGGCCUGUGGCUCGGGGCGCUGGCGGGGGUCCCCGGGCGCGGCUGCGGACCGUGCGCGCCCCCCUGCCUCUGCGGCCCGGCGCCCGGCGCCGCCUGCCGCGUCAACUGCUCCGGCCGCGGACUGCGGACGCUCGGGCCCGCGCUGCGCAUCCCCGCGGACGCCACAGCGCUAGAUGUCUCCCACAACCUGCUCCGGGCGCUGGACGUCGGGCUUCUGGCGAACCUCUCGGCGCUGACGGAGCUGGACAUAAGCAACAACAAGCUUUCUACAUUAGAAGAAGGAAUAUUUGCUAAUUUAUUUAAUUUAAGUGAAAUAAACCUGAGCGGGAACCCGCUGGAGUGUGACUGUGGUCUGGCCUGGCUGCCGCGCUGGGCAGAGGAGCAGCAGGUCCGCGUGGUGCGGCCCGAGGCGGCCACGUGCGCUGGGCCCGGCCCCCUGGCCGGCCGGCCCCUCCUCAGCGGCCCCCUGUUGGACAGCGGCUGUGGUGAGGAGUACGUCGCCUGUGUCCCUGACGACAGCUCGGGCGCCGUGGCGCUGGUGGCUUUCUCAGCUGCCCACGAGGGCCCGCUGGCCCCUGAGGCCUGUAGCGCCUUCUGCUUCGCGGCUGGCCAGGGCCUCGCGGCCCUCUCAGAGCAGGGCAGGUGCCUGUGCGGGUUGGCCCGGCCUCCCAAUGCCUCUUCGGCCUGCCUACCCUCCUGCUCCAGCCCCCCACUGCCCCCCACCCCCACCUGCCGGGGACCCACCCUCCUCCAGAACAUCUUCCCUGCCUCCCCAGGGGCUGCCCUGGUGGGGCCCCAAGGACCUCUGGCCUCUGGCCAGCCCGCAGCCUUCCACAUCACUGCCUCACUGCCAGUCAGCUCCACGCGCUGGGACUUCGGCGACGGCUCCCCUGAGGUGGACGUUGCUGGCCCGGAUGCCACUCACCACUAUGUGCUGCCUGGGCGCUAUCCCGUGACAGCUGUGCUGGCCCUGGGGGUCGGCUCUGCUCGGCUCUGGGCAGAGGUGCGGGUGGAGGCGGCUCCCAUAGCCCUGGAGCUCAUGUGUCUGGCCUCUGUGCAUAGCGACGAGACCCUGAAGCUCGGCGUCCGAAACCGUGGCGGCUCCGGCCUCGAGGCCACCUACAGCAUCGUGGCCCUGGGCGAGGAGCCAGCCCGAGUGGUGCAUCCGCUCUGCCCCUCGGACACUGAGAUCUUCCCUGGUAACGGACGCUGCUACCGCCUGGUGGUGGAGAAGGCGGCCUGGUUGCAGGCUCAGGAGCAGUGCCGGGCCUGGGCCGGGGCCGCCCUGGCCAUGGUGGACAGUCCUGCCGUCCAGCACUUCCUGGUCUCCCGCGUCACCAGGAGCCUGGACGUGUGGAUCGGCUUCUCAGCUGUGGAGGGGGUAGAGGUGGGCCCAGCGCCACAGGGUGAGGCCUUCAGCCUGGAGAGCUGCCAGAACUGGCUGCCCGGGGAGCCGCACCCCGCCACAGCUGAGCGCUGCGUGCGGCUCGGGCCUGCUGGGCAGUGCAACACGGACCUGUGCUCGGCACCGCACAGUUACGUCUGUGAGCUGCGGCCCGGAGGCCCUGUGUGGGAUGCAGAGAACUUCCUCGUGGGAGCACCCAGUGGGGACCUGCAGGGGCCCCUGAGCCCCCUGGUGCAGCAGGAGGCCCUCUCAGCCCCCCGGGAGCCCGUUGAGGUGAUGGUGUUUCCUGGCUUGAGCCCGAGCCGCGAAGCCUUCCUCACUGCUGCCGAGUUCGGGACCCCGGAGCUCAGCGGGCCUGCCCAGCUGCGGCUGCAGGUGUAUCGGGCCAUGCGAGGAACAGGGGCCCCAGGAAACAGCAGCGAGCCCCAGAGUAGGUCCCUGGAAAACAGGACUGAGCCCAUCCCUACAUGCACACCAGAAGGACACCCGUGCCCCAGAUCCAACAUCUGCCUGCCUCUGGACGCCCCCUGCCACCUUCGGGCCUGUGCCAACGGAUCCACAUCAGGGCUGGGGCUCCCUGGGAUCUCCUAUGCAUUGUGGAAAGAAUUCCUCUUCUCUGUGCCUGCGGGCCCCCCUGCCCAGUACUCGGUCACCUUCCACGGCCAGGACAGCCCCCUGCUCCCUGGUGACCUCAUCAGCUUGCAGCACGAUGCCGGACCGGGCGCCCUCCUGCGCUGCCCCCCGGCACUCGGCAUCCCUGGCUCCAAGGCCCCGUACUUCUCCACCAACGUCUCAGCCUGGCUGGCCCACCUGCCUGCCCAGCUGGAGGCGGCCCCGGCUGGCCCUGCCUGUGCCCUGCGGCUGCUUGUUGCCACAGAGCGGCUCACCCCUCUGCUGGGCCUGAGCCCCAACCCGGGGCUGCGGCGGCCGGGGCGCUAUGAGGUCAGGGCCACAGUGGGCAACAGCGUGUCCAGGCACAACCUGUCCUGCAGCUUCAACGUGCUCUCCCCGGUGGCAGGGCUUCGGGCCAUCUACCCGGCCCUCUACGACGGCCGCCUCUACAUGCCCACCAACGGCUCGGCCUUGGUGCUCCAGGUGGACUCCGGUACCAACGCCACGGCCACGGCAUGCUUCCCUGGGGGCAACGUCAGUGCGCCCUUUGAGGCUGCCUGCCCUGCCAUUGUGGCUGCCCUGGUGCCCGGCUGUGCCCACGAGGCCAAUAGCACCCUGUUCUCGGUGCUGGCGCUGCCCGGGCUCAGCGAGGGCGAGCACGAUCUGGCAGUUGUGGUGGAGAACGGUGCUGGCCAGGCCAACCUCAGCCUGCGGGUGAAGGCUGAGGAGCCCAUCCGCGGUCUCCGCGCCACGCCCAGCCCUGAGGCUCGUGUGCUGCAGGGCGUCCUGGUGAGGUACAGCCCCGUGGUGGAGGCUGGCUCGGACGUGGUCUUCCGCUGGACCAUUGAUGACAAACAGUCCCUGACCUUCCACAAUGUGGUCUUCAACGUCAUCUACCAGAGCGCCGCUGUCUUCAAGCUCUCGCUGACGGCCUCCAACCAUGUGAGCAACGUCACCGUGAACUACAACGUCACCGUCGAGCGGAUGCACAGGAUGCGGGGCCUGCGGGUGUCUGCGGUGCCGCCCGUGCUGCCCCCCAAUGCCACGCUGGUGCUGGCGGCUGAUGUGCUGGUGGACUCGGCCAUGGAGGUGGCCUUUCUGUGGUCCUUUGGGGAUGGGGAGCAGGUGAUCGGCCAGUUCAAGCCUCCAUACAACGAGUCCUUCCAGGUCCCAGACCCCACAGUGGCCCAGGUGCUGGUGGAGCACAACAUCACACACACCUACACUGUCCCAGGUGAAUACAACCUGACCCUGCUCGUGUCCAGUACCUUCGAGAACCUGACGCAGCAGGUGCCUGUGAGUGUGCGCGCCACCCUGCCUGCCAUGGCCGUGGCCACGGGCAGCCGGGUCCUGGUGGCUGGCUGGCCUGUCACCUUCUUCCCACACCCGCUUCCCUCGCCUGGGGGUGUCCUGUACACGUGGGACUUCGGGGAUGGCUCCCCAGCUGUAACACAGCCCCAGCCAGAGGUCAACCACACGUUCGCCUCGAGCGGCGCAUACCACAUCCGACUGGAGGUCAACAACACGGUGAGCAGCACAGUGGCGAGUAUCAGCGUCCGUGUCUUCGAGGAACUCCGUGGCCUGACCGUGAGCCUGAGCCCAGCCGUGGAGCAGGGUGCACCCGUGGUGGUCAGCGCCAGCCUGGAUUCGGGCGACAACGUCACAUGGACUUUCGACAUGGGGGAUGGCACGGUGCUCACAGGCCCUGAGGCCACGGUAGAGCACGUGUACCUGCGGGCACAGAACUGCACGGUGACCGUGGGCGCGUCCAGCCCCACUGGAAACCUGGCCCGGAGCCUGCCCGUACAGGUCUUCGUCCUGGAGGUGCUGUGGAUCGACCCUACGGCCUGCAUCCCCACCCAGCCACACGCCCAGCUCACAGCCCACGUCACCGGGGACCCUACCCACUACAUCUUCGACUGGACUUUCGGGGACGGCUCGUCCAACACAACCGUCCGAGGGGACCCGACAGUGAUGCACAAUUUCACACGUAGCGGUACAUUCCCCUUGGCGCUGGUCCUGUCGAGCCACGUGAACAAGGCGCAUUACUUCAGCAGCAUCUGCGUGGAGCCCGAGGUGGGCAACAUCACCGUGCGGCCCGAGAGGCAGUUCGUGCGGGUCGGGGACGCAGCCCGGCUAGUUGCCUGCGCCUGGCCCCCAUUCCCCUACCGCUACACCUGGGACUUCGGCACCGAGGAUGCUGCUGCCCGCGUCGGGGGCCCUGAGGCCACAUUCACCUACUGGGACUCAGGUUCCUACCUGGUGACGGUCACCGUGUCCAACAACAUCUCAGCCGCCAACGACUCGGCACUCGUGGAGGUGCAGGAGCCCGUGGAUCUCACAGGCAUCAGGGUCAAUGGCUCCCACGUGCUGGAGCUACAGCAGCCCUACCUGUUCUCUGCUGUGGGACGCGGGCACCCCGCCACCUACCUGUGGGAGCUGGGGGAUGGCGGGCGGCUCCAGGGCCCUGCGGUCACCCACGCCUACAGCAGCACGGGCUGCUUCCCCGUCAGGGUGUCCGGCUGGAACGAGGUGAGCCGUGGGGAAGCCCAGCUGAAUGUCACUGUGCAGCGGCGCGUGCGGGGGCUCAGCGUCAACGCCAGCCGCACGGUGGUACCCCUGAAUGGCAGUGUGAGCUUCAGCACCUCCCUGGAGGCGGGCAGUGACGUGCACUACUCCUGGGUCCUCUGUGACCGCUGCACACCCAUCCCUGGGGGCUCCACCAUCUCCUACACCUUCCGGUCUGUCGGCACCUUCAACAUCAUUGUCACUGCUGAGAAUGAGGUGGGCGUCGCCCAGGACAGUAUCUUCAUCUAUGUCCUGCAGCACAUCGAGGGGCUGCAGGUGGUGGGCGGCGGCGGCAGCUGCUGCUUCCCCACCAACCGCACGCUGCAGCUGCAGGCCGCAGUCAGGGAUGGCACCAACAUCUCUUACAGCUGGACCGCUCAGCGGGACGGUGGCCUGGCCCUGGCUGGCAGUGGCAAAGCCUUCUCGCUCACCGUGCUGGAGGCUGGCACCUACCACGUCCAGCUGCGGGCCACCAACAUGUUGGGCAGCGCCUCGGCCAACCGCACCGUGAACUUUGUGGAGCCUGUGGGGUGGCUGGCCGCCGCCGCCUCCCCGAACCCGGUGGCUGUCAAUGCAAGUGUCGCCCUCCGUGCUGAGCUGGCUGGUGGCAGUGGCGUCACUUACACCUGGUCCCUGGAGGAAGGGCUGGGCUGGGAGACCCCAGAGCCAUCCACCACCCACACCUUUCCCAGCCCCGGCCUGCACCUGGUCACAGUCACGGCCAAGAACCAACUGGGCUCAGCCAACGCCAGCAUUGAGGUGGCUGUGCAAGUGCCUGUCAGUGGCCUCAGCAUCAGGGCCGGUGAACUGGACUGCAGCUUUGUGGUGGCCAGUUCCACCGUGCCUUUCUGGGGGCAGCUGGCCUCGGGCACCAACGUGAGCUGGUGCUCCGUGCCGGGUGGCAGCAGGCAUGGCCAGCACAUCGCCAUGGUCCUCCCCGACGCCGGCACCUUCUCCAUUCGGCUCAACGCCUCCAACGCGGUCAGCUGGGUCGUGGCCACACACAACCUCACGGUGGAGGAGCCCAUCGUGGGCCUGGUGCUAUGGGCCAGCAGGAAGGUGGUGGAGCCCGGGCAGCUGGUUCACUUUCAGAUCCUGCUGGCCGCCGGCUCGGCCGUCAGCUUCCACCUACAGGUCAGCGGGGCUGGCCUCGAGGUGCUCCCCGGGCCCCACUUCUCCCGCAGCUUCCCCCGGGUCGGGGACUACACGGUGAGCAUCCAGGCCGAGAACCACGUAAGCCGGGUGCAGGCACAGGUGCGUGUCUCGGUGCUGGAGGCCGUGGGUGGGCUCCAGGUGCCCGACUGCUGCGAGCCGGCCAUUGCCACGGGCGCCGAGAGGAACUUCACGGCCCGGGUGCAGCGGGGUUCCCGUGUUGCCUACGCGUGGUACUUCUCGCUGCAGAAGGUCCAGGGGGACUCGCUGGUCAUCCUGUCGGGUCGCGACGUCACCUAUACCCCCGUGGCCGCGGGGCAGCUGGAGAUCCACGUGCGAGCCUUCAACGAGCUGGGCGGCGUGAACCACACGCUCGUGGUUGAGGUCCAGGACGUCAUUCAGCACGUGGCGCUGCGCAGUGGCCGCUGCUUCACCAACCGCUCGGCCCGCUUCGAGGCUGCCACAAGCCCCAGCCCCCGGCGUGUGGCCUACCACUGGGACUUUGGGGACGGGGCCCUGGCAGAGGACACGGAGGUUCCCUGGGCGGCUCACUACUACCUGCAGCCUGGGGACUACCGUGUGGAGGUGAACGCCACCAACCUGGUGAGCUUCUUUGUGGCGCAGACCACAGUCACCGUCCACGUGCUGGCCUGCAGGGAGCCCGAGGUGGAUGUGGCCCUGCCCCCGCAGGUGCUUAUGCGGCGUUCCCAGCGCAACUACCUGGAGGCCCACGUUGACCUGCGUGACUGCGUCACGUACCAGACUGAGUACCGCUGGGAGGUGUACCGCGCCACCAGCUGCCAGCGGCCUGGGCGCAUGGCCCGGGUGACCCUGCCCAGUGUGGAUGUGAGCCGGCCCCAGCUGGUGGUGCCACGGAUGGUGCUGCCUGUGGGCCACUACUGCUUUGUGUUCGUGGUGUCAUUUGGGGACACGCCACUGGCACGGAGCAUCCAGGCCAAUGUGACAGUGGCCCCUGAGCGCCUGGUGCCCAUUGUCGAGGGUGGUUCCUACCGUGUGUGGUCGGACUCUCAGGACCUGGUGCUGGAUGGGAGCAAGUCCUAUGACCCCAACCUGGAGGACGGUGACCAGACGCCGCUCAGCUUCCACUGGGCCUGCGUGGCCUCGACACAGAGUGAGACUGGCGGGUGUGCGCUGAACUUCGGGCCCCGUGGGAGCAGCGUGGUCACCAUCCCCCGGGAGCGUCUGCAAGCCGGUGUGGAGUACACCUUCAACCUGACUGUAUGGAAGGCAGGCCGCAAGGAGGAGGUCACCAACCAGACGGUGCUGAUCCGGAGGGGCCGGGUACCCAUCGUGUCCUUGGAGUGUGUGUCCUGCAAGGCGCAGGCGGUGUACGCAGUGAGCCGCAGCUCCUACGUGUACCUGGAGGGCCGCUGUGACAACUGCGGCGGGGGCUCCGAGCGCGGGCGCUGGGCCGCGCACAGCUUUAGCAAUGAGACGCUGGUGCUGGACGAGACAACCACGUCCACGGGCAGUGCAGGCAUGCGGCUGGUGGUGCGGCGCGGCGUGCUGCGGGACGGCGAGGGCUACACAUUCACGCUCACGGUGCUGGGCCGCUCAGGCCAGGAGCAGGGCUGCGCCUCCAUCCAUCUCGCCCCGAACCGCCCUCCACUGGGGGGCUCCUGCCGCCUCUUCCCGCUCGAGGCCGUGCACGCCCUCACCACCAAGGUGCACUUCGAGUGUGUGGGCUGGCAGGACGAGGAGGACGCAGGUGCUCCACUGGUGUAUGCCCUGCUGCUGCGGCGCUGUCGCCAGGGCCACUGCGAGGAGUUCUGUGUCUACAAGGGCAGCCUCUCCAUCUAUGGGGCCGUGCUGCCGCCCGGCUUUGCGCCCCACUUUGUGGUGGGCUUGGCUGUGGUUGUGCAGGACCAGCUGGGUGCCGCCGUGGUCGCCCUCAACAGGUCUCUGGCCAUCACCCUGCCAGAGCCCCCCGGAGAGUCCCCUGACGGCCCCCCAGAUCUCACGCCCUGGCUGUACAGCCUCACAGAGAGCACGCUACCUGGGCUGCUGCGCCAGGCCGACCCCCAGCACGUCAUCGAGUAUUCGCUAGCCCUCAUCGCUGUGCUCAAUGAGUACGAGCAGGCCCUGGCCAUGGCGGCAGAGCCAGACCCCAGGCGGCAGCUGCGCGCCCAGAUACGCAAGAACGUCACUGAGACCCUGGUCUCCCUGCGGGUCAACACCGUGGACGACAUCCAGCAGGUUGCGGCCGCCCUGGCCCAGUGCACGGUGUCCAGCUGGGAAUUCGUGUGCCGCUCGUGCCUGAAGAAGACACUGCACAAGCUAGAGGGCAUGAUGCGCAUCCUGCAGGCCGAGACCGCCGCGGGCACCGGGACGCCCACUGCCAUCGCCGACAGCAUCCUCAACAUCACAGGUGACCUCAUCCACCUGGCCAGCUCGGACGUGCAGGGCCCACAGCCCUCGGAGCUGGGGGCAGAGCCACCGUCGCUACUGGUGGCGUCCAGGGCCUACCAGCUCUCGUCGGCCCUCAUGGGCAUCCUCAUGCGCUCCCGUGUGCUCAACGAGGAGCCCCUGACCCUGGCGGGUGAAGAGAUCGUGGCACAGGGCAAGCGCUCAGACCCGCUGAGUCUGCUGUGCCAGGGCGACGCCUCGGGCCCCGGCUGCCACUUCUCCAUCCCCGCAGCCUUCAGCGGGGCCCUGUCCAACCUCAGUGAUGUGGUGCAACUCAUCCUCCUCGUCGACUCCAACCCCUUCCCCUUUGGCUACAUCAGCAACUACACUGUCUCCACCAAGGUGGCGUCCAUGGCUUUCCAGACACAGGCCGGCACCCAGAUCCCCAUUGGGCAGCUGGCCUCAGAGCGCGCCAUCACCGUGAAGGUGCCUAACAACUCAGACCAGGCUGCCCAGGGCCACCGCAUCCUUGCUGGCUCCGCCGUCGUCCAGCCCCAGGCCUCAGUCAGUGUCGUGGUCACCCCCGAGAACAGCAACCCCGAGGCCGGGCUUCACCUGCAGCUUACUUUCAUGGUGCUGAACGAGCACUACCUGCCGGAGGAGCCUGAGCCCUACCUGGCCGCCUACCUGCACGCUAUGCCCUGGCCCAACGAGCACAACUGCUCCGCCAGCAGGAGGAUCAGCCUGGAGGUCCUGGCAGGCGACGACCACAGGCCUUACACCUUCUUCAUCGCCCCGGGGACCAGAGAUCUGGGCACGAGCUACUACCUGAACCUGACCAGCCACUUCCGAUGGUCAGCACUGGAGGUGUCUGUGGGUCUGUACACGUCCCUCUGCCAGUACUUCAGCGAGAAGGAGAUGGCAUGGCGGACGGAGGGCCUCGUGCCCCUAGAGGAGACCUCGCCCAGCCAGGCUGUCUGCCUCACCCGCCACCUCACCGCCUUCGGUGCCAGUCUCUUUGUGCCUCCCAGCCACGUCCACUUCAUCUUCCCCGAGCCAGCCUCAAGCGUGAACUACAUCGUCCUGUUGACGUGCACUGUGUGCCUGGUGACCUACGUGGUCACGGCUGUGAUCCUGCGUAAGCUGGACCAGCUGGACGUCAGCCGGGUCCGCGUCAUCCCGUUCUGCGGGAAGGGGGGCCGCUUCAAGUAUGAGAUCCUGGUCAAGACCGGCUGGGGCCGGGGCUCAGGGACCACAGCUCAUGUGGGCAUCAUGCUGUACGGGGCAGACAGCCGCAGCGGGCACCGGCACCUGGAUGGGGACGGAGCCUUCCACCGCAACAGCCUGGACAUCUUCCAGAUCGCCACCCCACACAGCCUGGGCAGCGUGUGGAAGAUCCGCGUGUGGCAUGACAACAAAGGGCUGAGCCCUGCCUGGUUCCUGCAGCACAUCAUCGUCAGGGACCUGCAGAACGCCCGCAGCACCUUCUUCCUGGUCAACGACUGGCUGUCAGUGGAGACGGAGGCCAACGGGGGCCUGGUGGAGAAGGAGGUGCUGGCGGCAAGUGAUGUGGCCCUGCGGCGGUUCCAGCGCCUCCUGGUGGCCGAACUGCAGCGCGGCUUCUUUGACAAGCACGUCUGGCUCUCCAUGUGGGACCGGCCACCUCGGAGCCGCUUUACACGUGUCCAGCGAGCCACGUGCUGCAUCCUCCUCAUCUGCCUCUUCCUGGGUGCCAACGCCGUGUGGUACGGUGCCGUGGGAGACGCUACCUACAGUAUGGGGCCCGCGUCCAGUCUGAUCCCACUGAGCAUCGACAUCAUCGCUGUCGGCCUGGUGUCUAGCCUGGUUGUCUACCCCGUCUACCUGGCCAUCCUGUUCCUCUUCCGGAUGUCCCGGAGCAAGGUGGCCGGGGGCCCGAGCCCCACACCAGCAGGGCCGCAGGCACUGGACAUGGACAGCUGCCUGGACUCAUCUGUGCUGGACAGCUCCGUACUUGCCUUCCCGGGACUCGGUGCUGAGGCCUUUGCUGGACAAAUGAAACACGACUUAUUUGUGGAGGAUUCUAAAAGCCUGGUGUGCUGGCCAUCCAGCGAAGGCACCCUCAGUUGGCCAGACUUGCUGAGUGACCCGUCCGUCAUGGGCAGCACCCUGCAGCGGCUGGCCCGGGGCCGGAUGGGCCGCAUGCCGGGCCCAGAGGAUGACAGUCUCUCCCUGGUCAGCCCCUCCUCACCUGCCAAAUACUUCUCAGCUUCAGAUGAAGACCUGAUCCGGCAGAUACUGGCUGAAGGGGCUGGCAGCCUGGCCCCCACCCAGGACACUCAAGGAGAAACGGACCUGCUCGCUGGCCUGUGCAGCGCCCCUGGCGAGAGGAAUCAGACGCUGAUGCUGCCAGGGGAGAGGGGGCUGCCCAGCUCGAGCCUGACGUGGGAGCAGCCCCAGCUGGCAGAGCUGUCCAGGACAGGGCUGGUGGAGGGUCUGCGGAAGCGACUGCUGCCGGCCUGGUGUGCGCCCCUGGCCCACGGGCUCAGCCUGCUCCUGGUGGCCGUGGCCGUGGGGGUGUCAGGGUGGGUCGGCGCUGGCUUCCCCUCCAGCGUGUCUGUCAUGUGGCUCCUCUCAAGCAGUUCCAGCUUCCUGGCUUCGUUCCUCUUCUGGGAGCCACUCAAGGUCCUGCUGGAAGCUCUGUAUUUCUCGCUGGUGGCCAAGCGGCUGCACCCUGAUGAGGAUGAUACCCUGGUGGAAAGCCCGGCCGUGACGCCCGUGAGCGAGCGUGUGCCCCGCGUGCGGCCACCCCAUGGCUUUGCGCUCUUCCUGGCAAAGGAGGAAGCCCGAAAGGUCAAGAGGCUGCACGGGAUGCUGAGGGGCCUUCUGGUAUACAUGUUCUUCCUGCUGGUGACGCUGCUGGCCAACUAUGGGGACACCUCGUGCCACGACCAUGCCUACCGCCUGCAGAGUGCCAUCAAGCAGGAGCUGGACAGCCAGGCCUUCCUGGCCAUCACCCGGUCUGAUGAGUUCUGGCCGUGGAUGUCCCACGUGCUGCUCCCCUACAUCCACGGGAACCCGUCCAGACCAGAGCUGGGGCCCCCACGACUGCGGCAGGUGCGGCUACAGGAAGCACUCUGCCCGGACCCGCCUGGCUCAGGGGCCCCUAUGUGCUUAGCAGCCUCAGGUGGCUUCAGCACCAGCGACUACGGCAUUGGCUGGGGGAGUGCUGCCCACAAUGGCUCUGAGAUGUGGGCCUACUCGGCGCCGGACCUGCUGGGCGUCUGGUACUGGGGCUCCUGCGCCGUGUAUGACAGCGGGGGCUACGUGCAGGAGCUGGGGCCCAGCCUGGAAGAGAGCCGCGCGCAGCUGGGCUUCCUGCAGCUGCACAACUGGAUCGACAACAGGAGCCGUGCAGUGUUCGUGGAGCUCACGCACUACAGCCCGGCGGUGGGGCUUCACGCCGCCGUUACGCUGCGCCUGGAGUUCCCGGCGGCCGGACACGCCGUAGCGGCGCUCAGCGUCCGCCCGUUCGCGCUGCGGCGCCUUAGUGCCGGCCUUUCGCUGCCGCUGCUUACCUCGGUGAGCCUGUUGCUGUUUGCUGUGUACUUCUCCGCGGCUGAGGUGCGCGCCUGGCGCAGGGAGGGGCGUGCGCGCGCCACGCGGCCUGGGAUCUGGGCGCGGUGGCUGCUGGUGGCGCUGACGGCGGCCGCAGCGCUGGUGCGCCUGGCCCAGCUGGGCGCCGCUGACCGCCAGUGGACCCGCUUCCUGCGCGGCCGCCCGCGCCGCUUUACCAGCUUCGAGCAGGUGGCACAGCUGAGCGCCGUGGCCCGCGGCCUGACCGCCUCGCUGCUCUUCCUGCUUUUGGUCAAGGCUGCCCAGCAGCUGCGCUUUGUGCGCCAGUGGUCGGUUUUCGGCAAGACGCUGUGCCGGGCCCUGCCAGAGCUCGUGGGGGCGGCCUUAGGCCUGGUGGUGCUCGCCGUGGCCUAUGCGCAAUUGGCUGUCCUGUUGGUCUCCUCCUGCGUGGACUCACUUCGGAGCGCCGCCCGGGCCCUCCUGGUGCUGUGCCCCGGGGCUGGGGGUCCUGCCCUGUGCCCUGCGGAGUCCUGGCGCCUGUCCCCUGUGCUGUGCACGGGGCUCUGGGCCCUGCGGCUGUGGGGUGCCCUGAGGCUGGGAGCAGUCCUCCUGCGGUGGCGGUACCACGCUUUGCGUGGGGAGCUGUACCGCCCAGCUUGGGAGCCACAGGACUACGAGAUGGUGGAACUGUUCUUGCGCCGGCUGCGCCUCUGGAUGGGCUUCAGCAAAGUCAAGGAGUUCCGCCACAAAGUCCGCUUUGAAGGGAUGGAGCCCCUGCCCUCCCGCUCAUCCAGGGGCUCCAAGUCUUCUCCGGAUGUGCCCCCACCCAGCGGAGGCUCUGACGCCUCCCGCCCCUCCACCUCCUCCAGCCAGCUGGAUGGGCUGAGCAUGGGCUUGGGCCGGCCGGGGCCCCGAGGGGAGCCCGAGCCUGAGCCCUCCCGUCUCCAAGCCGUGUUUGAGGCCCUACUCGCCCAGUUUGACCGACUCAACCAGGCCACGGAGGAUGUCUACCAGCUGGAGCAGCGGCUGCAGAGCCUGCAUGGCCACAGGAGCAGAGGGCCCACAGCCUCACCUCCCCCUAGCCCCUCCCCAGGCCUGAGGCCAGUCCUGCCCAGCCGCCUUGUCCGGGUCAGUGGAGGCGUUGGCUUGGCUACAGGCCCCAGCAGGGCAUCCCUGCGGGCCAAGAACAAGAUCCACCCCAGCAGCACUUAG